AUGUCAUCAGCUUUGAACUCAGACCAAGCCACAGCCUGUGUGGACCCACACACUGGCAAUGAAAAGAUAUCAUCAGCUGAAACAGAACAAUGUACUCCUGAAACAUCCGAGCAACAUGUUGAUGAUGAUUCAUGCUGUACAACCACGUCUGAUAGCUCCAACCACUUGAAGGAGGAACCUUCCUUGAGGAAGCGAUUGCUAGUGAAGUCUGAGGCAUCAAGCAAGCCCGAAGAUGACAUGCUUGCAAGUGUAGCUGAGGAUAGCUUGCUAAAUGAGAACCUGGAAAAUACAGAAGGAUCUUUUUUGAAUGUCCCAUCUAAGUGUGCAGAACAGGCAGAAGAAUUUGUUAAAAAGGUCUGGGCGGCUGGCUGGAAUGUUGUCCACUUCCACUCAUUGCCAGAGUGGCUAAAAGAUAAUGAAUUCUUGUUAAGAGGUCAUCGUGAACCAACUAACUCCUUCAAGGCCUGUUUCAAGUCUAUUUUCAGAAUACACACAGAGACAGGAAACAUCUGGACACAUUUAUUGGGCAUGAUUGCAUUCCUUGUCAUAGCUGCAUACUUCCUAACCCGACCCUCCUUUGAGAUCCGCUGGGAGGAUAAGGUUGUGUUUUCUGCAUUUUUCCUUGGAGCUAUUUUGUGUUUAGGCUUUUCUUGGGUUUUCCACACAGUUUAUUGUCACAGUGAAAGAGUGGGGAGAUUCUUCCACAAGCUAGAUUACUGUGGCAUUGCAUUGCUGACAAUUGGAUCCUUUGUUCCGUGGCUGUAUUAUAGCUUCUACUGCCGCUUGGAACCUAAAAUCACAUACUUGUCCCUGAUUUUGUUCCUGGGCACUCUGUGCAUUGGUGUAUCAAUGUGGGACAAGUUUGCUCAACCCCACUUCAGACCUUUCAGAGCCGGUGUGUUUGUCUGUCUAGGCCUCAGUGGGGUGAUUCCUGCCAUGCACUAUGUGAUCACAGAUGGCUUCUGGCAUGCUUUCAACUUUGCUGCCAUGGGAUGGCUAGUCCUCAUGGCCUUGUUGUACAUUGUUGGAGCUGUUAUUUAUGCAGCUCGCAUUCCAGAAAGAAUUUUCCCAGGAAAAUGUGAUAUUGUGUUUCAGAGUCAUCAGAUUUUCCAUGUGUUUGUCCUGGCAGCUGCAUUUGUCCACUACCAUGGGAUAUCUGAGAUAGCCAACUACAGGCUUACACUGGGAGAGUGUGUGGCCAGAGACAUUGAGCAGUAG